AUGGUAAUUUCAGAUGAACCCCGGCCAGGACGACCAACUUUCACGACUACAGAGAACAAAGUCGACGCUAUGCACAUCAUGAUUCUCGAGAACCGUCGAAUUGCUGCUACAGUCAUAGUUGAGACUCUGGCGAUUUCCCGCGAAAGAGUUGGCCACAUCAUCCACAUUUUGGACAUGGGAAAGCUUUCUGAAAAACGGGUGUUGGAAUACCUGAACACAGAUCAGAAGCGCAUCAGGGUGACAACAUCGAAGGCAAUUUUGAACCAGUUUGCAGUGGGAGAGGCUGAUUUCAUGGCUCGUUUAGUCACCAUGGAUGAAGCUUGGCUUCAUCAUUUUGAUCUCCAUACCAAGCAGUAA